GACGUCGGUCGCACCCCCGCCUUCGCCCAGCACCUCCUUGUCUCUCCCCGUCAUGUUGGCCAGAUUAUCCAAGCACGCCGCCCGCGCUCCGUCCGUCGCGCGCUGCGUCUGCGCCCAGGGUGCCCGCCGCGGCAUCGUACAGCCCUCGGGCGCGGAGCGCGCGAGCGUCGUCGACCUCCCCGCGACGUACAAAGACGAGACGCACUUUACGCCGCAGAGCGAUAUGUUGGGCUUCAACUUGGAGGUCCCCAAGCGGGAGGGAUCGCUGAAGGAAAAAACGAGGCCCAUUUACCUCGAUAUGCAGGCUACGACACCGGUGGACCCGCGUGUCCUGGAUGCGAUGUUGCCGUAUAUGACGGACCAGUACGGCAAUCCCCAUAGUCGCACUCAUGCGUAUGGCUGGGAGGCGGAGAAGGCGGUUGAGGAAUCGCGAAAGAACAUUGCCGACCUCAUUGGCGCUGAUCCAAAGGACAUCAUCUUCACCUCUGGAGCGACUGAGACGAACAACAUGGCUAUCAAGGGUGUUGCGCGCUUCCACAAGGAGAAGAAGAGGCACAUCAUUACCACUCAGACUGAGCACAAGUGCGUACUCGACUCCUGCCGCAAGCUGUCCGAGGAGGGCUUCGAAAUCACCUAUCUCCCCGUUCGCAAAGAUGGCAUCGUCGACCUCGACGUUCUCGAGGCCGCCAUCCGACCGGACACCGCGCUCGUCUCCAUCAUGACGGUCAACAACGAGACGGGCGUGAUCCAGCCCAUCCGCGAGAUAGGCGCGCUCGUGCGCAAGCACCGCGGCGUGUACUUCCACACCGACGCCGCGCAGGCGGCAGGGAAGAUCCCGAUUGACGUGAACGAGAUGAACAUUGACCUGCUUAGUAUGAGUGGGCACAAGAUCUAUGGGCCGAAGGGCGUCGGUGUGGCGUAUGUGCGACGGCGCCCGAGGGUGCGGCUGGAACCGAUCAUCAGCGGUGGUGGGCAGGAGCGUGGUCUGAGGAGUGGUACGCUGCCGACGCCGUUGAUUGUGGGUAUGGGCGAGGCGGCGAGGAUUGCCAGGCUGGAGAUGAAGAGGGAUCACGCUCGCGUAACGGAGCUCGCGAACCGUCUCAUCAAUGGCAUAACCUCGCAAGUCGAGCACGUUGUCCGGAACGGCGACCCCAACGGCUACCCUGGCUGCGUGAACUUGAGCUUCGCGUACGUCGAGGGCGAGUCCCUGCUUAUGGCGCUCAAGGAUAUCGCUUUGUCGUCCGGCAGCGCCUGCACAUCGGCGUCCCUGGAGCCCUCAUACGUCUUGCGCGCGCUCGGUGCCGCCGAGGACAUGGCGCACUCCUCCCUUCGCUUCGGACUCGGCCGCUUCACCACCGAGGCCGAGGUCGACUUCGUCGUCAAGCACAUCGUCGGCACCGUCAACAGGCUCCGCGAGAUGAGCCCGCUUUGGGAGAUGGUGCAGGAGGGUAUCGACAUCAACACCAUCGACUGGUCGCAGUCCCAGCAUUAGGCUGAGUUCUCCUUCAACGUAUAUGUACUGUAUUCCCCUAUCUAGUAUUCUAUUCGUAGUAGUUGGUAUCAGGAUUUAGCUGGAUGUGCACCCUGCUACCUUACCAGCCAUCAAGCUCAAGUUCCAA